AUGAAGUUUCUUGCCCUGAGUCUCGCCCUGAUCGCCGUGAUCUCCUGCUCUCUGGCCAUACCUGUGGAUUUCGACAAUGGAGAACCAUUGACACUCUUGGAAUUGGAGGCGGAACAGGAGCCACAAGUGGAUGAACUGGAGGGCGAGAGAGUGGUACGAGGACUAGGAGGACUUGGCGGCAAGUUCGGCGGCUUCGGAGGACUCGGCGGCUUGAAGGGAGGAUUCGGUGGUCUGGGACAUGGCUUUGGCGGUGGAUUUGGAGGACACGGUUUCGGCGGCGGCUUCGGUGGACUCGGCAGCUUCAAGAGCCUAUUCGGCAAGAAGUUCCGCUAAAGCAACAGCACUCAC